AUGAACACAUGGAAUCUCCCCCUCCUGCUAAGCAAAAGGUUUCCAGCCUUCACCCAAGAAGAUUUACAGCGAUACACCCAGAAGGCGCAGCGUUUUGAGUCGGUAGCCUUCAUCGGAAAGAACUUGGGUUGCCUUGACAGCCAGCAUCCGUAUUCAGAGUCAGCGAAGGCGGUCAUGGUGGGCGACCCGGAGACGAUCGAGCAGAUUCUACAAGUGUCUGAUGACCUAGGCUUGGGACUUCGCAAAGCUUCGCCGACGAGUUCCAGCAAGCGGUGGCAGACAUGGACAAGAAGAUUUGGAAAAAACCGCACCUAUCACAAGUACUUCUGCUUGCUCCGACGCCGGGGGAUGCUGAACUAUUUCGACCAGUGUUUCGAUCACGGGGCCCGCGCCGUCUUGCAUGGGCCCGAUGUGCGCUCCCUUUCCUUUUCACGCCCGCACGGCCGCUGCGAAGAUCGGGUGUUGAACGAAUAG